UCAUCAGAUAGUUGCAGAGAGUGGUGGGGAUGUGCCGAUGUGGGCUUGCUCUCUUUGAUUGCUUAAAUUUGAUUUGUUUCUUUAGCUGUAUCUGCCGACACAAAAAAUAAACGAGGCCAUAAGGAGGCACUGAGACAGCUUAGAAAGACUGCAUUUUUCUUCUCCUGUUUUUCUUUUUUGUCUUUCUUUGUUUCACUUUCUUUCUCUUGGUGUGUUCAAAAUCUCAAGAGUAUUUGCAUUGUGGCCAUGGAUUUCUACCGGAAUGUGACAGUUGCCGGUGAUUACCAGCCAGAGCAGGUCCUUUCCCCUCACUCCAGGCUUGGUGGCCUCACUAACAGUCUUGACGAACUCUUCUCUGCUCAGAACACGGAAGUGGAUGUUAGCUUAGAAUGGCUUUCAGUAUUUGUGGAAGACUGUCUAUCCAGUAAUGGAAACUGCCUCCCAGUACCCACCGGUGUUCAAACCACAAGUACAAUCCCAAAGUCCUCAAGACCCUUGCAGAAGACCGAACAGAACCCAGCUUCCCUGCAAACUUUUGUAGUGCCAGGCAAGGCUAGAAGCAAAAGAAAAAGGGCUACAACUCUCAAAACCAAGAACCCUUUAACUUUAAGAAGCACCUGGUCACAUCACUUGAACCCAAAAAUUAAUGCCCUCAACGUAAUCAGCUCGGACCCCCCUUUGCUCCAACAGGCUUACUGGUUGGCUGACAGUGAACUUAUUGUGCCCAAAAAUGAGGAAAACAUUAACAUACUAAGAGAUGGUGAGCAGGAAGAAACAAGGGAAGAAGAGGAAGGACAAGACGAGAAGGGGAUGGUGCGGAAGGGAAGCUUGGAGGGUAGCAAUGAACAGCAGCCAAUGGCAAGGAGGUGCACCCAUUGCCUAGCACAACGGACCCCACAGUGGAGGGCUGGACCAUUGGGUCCGAAAACACUGUGCAAUGCAUGUGGGGUAAGGUACAAGUCGGGUAGGUUGCUGCCAGAGUAUAGGCCAGCAAAGAGUCCUACUUUUGUGAGCUAUUUGCACUCCAACUCUCACAAGAAAGUCAUGGAAAUGAGAAUGGCUUUUCCGCCUUCCAUUCCCUAGUGGGCAGUGGCAUGGGUUUUCCCUUGAAAAACAAAGUUCAGACAGAACAAUUCCUUGAAAUUAAACUAGUAGUGUAGUAACACUGAAUUUUCUGUUGGCAGAUAUCCAUGGGAUCCCUUGUAAUUUAAUAUCAUGCAGUCCUCAUUUUUUUCCUC